GCCGCCCUAGUCGCGUCUAUCGCUACGGUUAAAUAUAACGCUAUAGCUCUAGUUCCGUCCUUACCGACCUCGAUAGUCCUAUCCUUAAUAACUAUAAUAAUCUCUCCCUUAGAGAAGACGAUAUCUAGAGCGAACCUAGAGGCGCCUAUAAGUAGUUCCUUAAACGCCGUCCUCUACCCUUAUGCCGCUUUUAUGUUAUUCGACGGCGCUAAUAACGACGAGCUAUUACCCCUAGCUCCUAACGUACUCGGCGGUCGUACGCGUAUAAUGAUAAAGGUAUUAAAUCUUAAGAUAAUGCCGGAGAUAGAGGAGAAUACUAUCGGCUUUACUUAUAAAGUUAUUAAAAAGACUUACUAUAUACUAGGUGCCGAUCGUAACCUUAGACGAGAGAAACUCUAUAUAUACCCUAGUAAUAAAGGAUAUAUUAAAGAGUUAGCUAGGAUCGUUAUUCCGGGCCGAAAGGACUCUUACGGUAAUAUAUUCGAGCUAGAUAACCUUAAAGUCGGGCCUAUAAAGUACGGCGAUGUUAAAGAAUCUAUAGCCCUAGGCCUUCCUCGUUACAUCCUUAAAGAUAUAGAAGAUCCCUUAGACCGCAUUAAUAACGCUAGUUACACUCUUACCUUUAAGGACCCGGAUUUUACUCUUAACGAUAUUCUCGACGUAGCUAUACCUUAUAUAACUAAUAUACUUACCUUUAGUAGUGUCUAUCUAUAUAGAUACACUAAGUUUAUUAGUGCUUCGAAGUACUAUAAAAGUAAGUAUAGCGGAAACGAAAUUUACAUUAUCUAUACCGGAAAGGCUACUUACGGCUCUACGUAUUAUACACUUAUCCGCGAAGCUCGUAUCCGAGACAUACGCCGUAAUCUAAUCUUAGAUAAGAAUAACCUUCCGCUUAAGAGGGCUAAUUUUAUAGUAGUAAUAGUAGGCGCUAGACUUAUUAAGACCGAUGCUUUUAUUAUAUAUAAGACGAUCGAGCUUCUAAAGGCUUUUAAAGACGAGCUUAAAGCCGCUAAAGAGCGAAUAAAGCACGGUGUCGAACAUCCUACUCUAUACUUCUAUAUUCUAGACAUUACUCCUUUCAGGAGAUUAACACCCUCGGUUUUAAGAUUACCUAGGAACAAAAUGGUUAAUAGAAGCAGAAAUACCUAUAGGUUAACUAAAAGUCUACUAUUAGCGAGAACCGUACCGGACGCGAUAGUUACGGCUAAAUAUCCAUCUAGACCUAUUACCCGUGUUCCGGCACCUCGUCUAAAGUCCAUUAACGCCCUUAAGAGAUGGAGGAAUAGGGCUUUAAGAGAGUUAGCGACCCUACUAGCUCUACGAUUAAGGGAGCUCGGCGACCUAGAAAGACGUCGCAUAAACACCAUUCGUGGCACGCCCUACAACUUAGGUAUCCCUUACUCGUUUACGCCUACCUCGACUCUUACCGUCCGCGACGACCUUUACUACUCUCUAAAGGAAUUAGACGUCUAUAAGACCAUCGACAUUAGUAACCCUAGCUUCGUCGAGUUCACUGUUCCACUAGAGAAC